UGGAUUGGAAGUGUACUUCUUGUCUGUCUGUCUGUCCCAGAUUUCUACGGCGGUUUCGCCUGGCUUGCGUGCCCCCCCUGGAUGACUGUCGCGGAAACCAAGCCAGCGCAGCUCCAACAACGGUCUGGAAAAGAGUCGCGAUGUUUGACGCCCAGCGCGCGUGCUCCCUCCCACUUGAGACACUUCUCCUCUGUGGUGGCACGCUGCGCGCGUUUACGCACCACUCCAGACUGAGAGCCAUGCGAGGCGUCCAGCUCACAACACAGCAAGACGAUGCUGCUACUGCUUCUGUCGACGCCUCUCGUCUGCCUUCUCUGGCCACAAGUGGUUCAAUGCCAGGAGGAGGCAACAGGUGGACGCUUCAUCGUGGACGGGGACAUUCGCCACUUUGUGGCCACACUUGACGGCGUUUAUAUAGCAACAGAUGAGAGACUGUACCAGCUGAGCCGCGGCUUACGUCUGGUCUACGCCGUCAACCAGACGGGCAUCCUCACGGGAAAAAGUGACACCGCGCUCUUUUCCAGAGUCACGGGAGAUUCGUGGAACGAUACGUUAAGCGUCACCGUGCUGGUGCCUUUUGUGGAGAACGGCACGCUCAUCAGCUGCGGCGUGACGGACAACGUGUGCAGCUAUUGCGAGCUACUGGCCUUAGCCAACAUCUCCACGGUGCUCCACAGGGAGCACAUCCCGGUGGGGCCCUACAGGCGCAUCAGCGCGUCGGUGGCCUUCCUGGUGGCCGUUCAAAGGGCCACCCGGGACUUUUACAUCAUGACCGCCAUCCAGCAGCGCAAAGACGAGACCCCGCCCAGCAUGUGCGCCUCUUUUACGGAGGCCGUGUACAUCCAUGACACGGAUAACAAACACGACGGAGGCAUCUUCUCCUUCUCCGGUGACGGCUCCCACCCCCUCUUUAAAAGUAGCGGCGAUGUGGACUUCAUGGAUGGAUUUCAGAUCAAUUCUGUCAUUUAUCUCUUUGCCAACGUGCUUUCGUCACAACCGGGCGGCAACAGAGUUCGGCUCAUAUGGCUGCAGGCCAAAACAAAGAAGGCGGACACCAUGAAAUCGCUGCGCGGGGCAUCUCUGGUCAUCCCCGGGAAGAAGGGCAGCAGACUCGUGGCCUCCUCUGCGGUCUCGCCCGGUCCGCCUUCGACGCUGUGGGUCGGCGUGUUCAAUGUCGACCUAGAUCCCAGCAGCACCCAGCUGGCUCUUUUUGACAUCAGUCCCGAUCUCAAGAUAACGACGGAUGAAGACCCAGAUUUCUGCAGCACCGUCAAAUGCAGCCGCCAAAAUUUUGCGGUGAAAGUGCCCAAGGUGCUGCAGCCACUGAAGGUGCUCUUCAGGCAGACCUCCAUGACGUCUGUACUGGCCACAACACAAGGGCCCUGGAUGGUCUUCUUUGUCGGGACAGCAGAUGGACAGCUAAUUAAGCUAAGUGUGGACUCAAACUAUCACAGCACUUGUCCCACGUUACUUUACCGGACGGCUGACGACCGCAAAGUAUUUCCCAGUAUGCACCUGGACAAAGUGGAUGGCAAGCACCUGUACGCGGCUUUUAGUAACCAGGUGCAACGCGUGUCUGCGUCCGUGUGCCACGCGCACAAAACGCUGGAAGGCUGCUGGUCGGCACAGGAUCCGAGCUGCGUGUGGUGCCACGCCAAAAAGAGUUGCACGUUCAAGGACGAAUGCCGAAACUCCCACUGGCUGUCCUACCCUGACGAUUACCAGAACCGGAGGAUUUCCUACACUGUGAAAAAGGAAAGCAGCGGUCAGAUCAGGUUGGACGUCCGCACGCACGUGAGCGCAGAUCCCGAUGCGGCCACCACCUUCGCCUGUCAGUUCUCCGGAAGUUCUGGUGAGCUUUGCAGAUGGGACGGCCCCGGCCCCAUCUUCCCACAAUGCACCUGCAUCCUCAUCAACGGCACGCUUUCCACUCAAGCGAUGAGUGUGACAGUGAAAUUCAGACUGGGGUCAAUGAGUUUUCGGGAAAGAAUCCAGCUGAUGACGUGCCCUGACGUCAGGGGCUCACCUCCCGCUGCUCUGUGCCAGAGAUGUUUUGAGCUUGGGUGCCGCUGGAGCAACGGCAGCUGUGCCUGGGCUACCGCAGGAGUAAUGGACCGCCAAGUUUGCCAAACAAUUCAGUCACGAAUGAAUGUUUCGAAGCCGGAGAUCUCCUCUGUCACCCCCAAUGUUGUGUCUUUCUAUGGGCACAACAACGCUGUUUUGUCUGGCUAUAACCUCAGCCAUGUGACCCGGGUGAGGAUCCUGACCAGCAUGGACUGCGUGCCACAGGAGACCCCCGUGUGGAACAACACCGGCGUGAGCCUGAUGUUCCACAUUCCCGCCAUCCAAGGCAAAGGUACGGUCCGCGUGUGCGCGGUGCUCCCGGAUGGCAGUUGCCACGGCAACAGCGCAGUCACCUACACGUCAUCCCCUUCCUGCGCCGCCGUGACGCCGCGCAUCACCUGGAGCAGCGGAAAGAGGAAGAUCACCCUGGUCGGAACCAAUCUUGAAGUUGUGGACGGCGUCCUGCACAGUCACGCCCGACAGGAAGUCAGCCUUCCCAUAGACAGAAACUCCCGGAAUCUGACUUACCGGACACCCGCAGCUGAGAGCACUCCGAGGCGUUUUACCAGCAGUUUGUCUCUGAAAGUCGCCAAUGAAACUCUGGCGUGCACGCUGUCCAUCAUCUAUUAUCCCGACCCUCACUUUACAAGUUUCACCCCCACAAGAACCGGGGAGGACGUUCGCGUCACCAUCCAGAAAACGUCCGACAACCUGGAGAUGAGCAUAAAAGACGUGUCGGCGGCGGGCGUCUACGAGGGGAAGGACUACCCCUGCGUGAUGGAAGCCAAAGACACCAACAACCAAACGGACUUUUUCAUCUGCCAAAUCCGAAGUGUGCCCGAUAUGAAUUUUCGUCAGUUGAAGGUUUUGUAUGGAGACAAGACAGUCAUGCUGCAGAAUACAUCCCAUCUGUUCUCUCUCAUGUUGAUCGUCCUUUUACUGAUACCCUGCAUUAUUGUCGUGGUGAUGAUGGUUUACCGGCGGCAACAGAAGCAGCUGACCGUGAAGAUGAAUAAGCUCAUGGAAAACCUGGAACUUGACAUCAGGAAUGACAUCAGACAAGGUUUUGUCGACAUGCAGACCGAAAAGGCGGACCUGAUGGAAAACGUCUGCGCCAUUCCUUUCCUGGACUACAAGCACUUUGCGUCCAGAAUCUUUUUUCCCGAGAACGAAGCUUUGAUGGCCUUGUGCAUGGCAGACGUGGGCGAGGUGGCUGUGAAGGUCCGUCUCGACGAGUGUUGCCAGGCCUUGUCCAAGCUUCUCCACGACCGGCGCUUCCUGACCAGCAUGGUGCACGCCGUGGAGGAACAGAAGAGCUUCACCAUUAAAGACAAGUGCGCCUUGGCGUCUCUGCUGACCGUGGCGCUCCACGGCGACCUGUCGUAUCUCACCGAGGUGAUGGAGGUUCUGCUGAAGGAUUUGAUGCGGAAAAACGGCGGCGCUCAGCCCAAAAUGCUGCUUCGCCGCACCGAGUCGGUUGUGGAGAAACUGCUCACCAACUGGAUGUCCAUCUGCCUUUACGGCUUCUUGAGGGAGAGUGUCGGCCAGCACUUGUUCCUGCUGGUCAGCGCCCUCGCGCAGCAGAUCGCCCGAGGGCCGGUGGACUGCGUGACGGAGAAAGCGCUCUACACGCUCAGCGAGGACUGGCUACUGUGGCAGGCGCAAGACUUCACCUCUCUGAGGCUGAAGGUGUUGUUUGCCGUGGGCAGCGGCGGCGAGGUCAGCGAGCCCCUGGAGGUGCUCGCCCUCAACUGUGAUACGGUGGAGCAGGUCAAGGAGAAAAUCCUGAACACCUUCAAGGCCAAGUUUGGCUUCCCUUACAACGGUCCGCAAACCAGCGUUUGUAUUGAGUUUGACAGGAGCGGGGUCUUCGUUGCUCUUGAAGAGGUGGACGCGAGCUCUGAAGUCAUCGGGGAGGUGACCAUGCUCAACACGCUCGAGCACUACAAGGUUCCAGAUGGAGCUACCAUCAAGGUCCUUUCGAGAAAAAAUCCUUCGGUGAGCCCCCAGAGUAGUCUAAAAGAUGAUCAGGACUUUUCAGGGAAAUACUUCCACUUGAUUGACCCUGAUGUGGACGAGGACAGGGGGAAAGGUCCUGAAAGGAAGAAGUUAAAGCUGAAGGAAGUGCAUCUCACCAAACUGCUUUCGACCAAGGUGGCAGUGCAUUCAUUUGUAGAGAACUUGUUCAGGUCUAUUUGGGGGCUGCCGAACUGCAGAGCGCCACUGGCUGUCAAAUAUUUUUUUGACUUCCUGGACUGUCAAGCAGACAACAUGAAGAUCCCAGAUCCCGAUGUGCUGCACAUUUGGAAGACCAACAGGUGUGGAACUAUUUUUUUUUUUCACCAUGACAAAGUUAUCAUAGUCGUUAAAAAUAGCAGAACAGGAUUCAACAAACGCGAUGCACAUUGGUGCCAGCCACAACAAAAAUGUGUUAAUGUGCGAAAGUACUGCAGCAUAAAUCUAUAUUGCGCUUGACUGUGAAGGUGACCAAGAGUAGGUAUCCAGAAAAACCUUCGAAUAUAUAAACAGUGACUGUGAAGAGUGAAUACAACAGAUGAGGCAAAAAAAGAAAAUAAGUAUAGUAAGGCCUUUUCAAAGAAUGACCAUGCAUAGUAAGGAGGUUUUUUUUGGGGGGGGCGGGGGGGGUGGUUCUUGACCAUGAAUAAUGAGGCAUAUUAAAAGACACCCAAUGAUAGUAAGGCAUAAAAAAAAAAUCCAGGUAGAGUUAGGCAUUU